AUGAGAGAAAUCAUUUCUUUACAUAUUGGUCAAGCUGGUCUUUAAAUAGGAAAUUCACUUUGGGAAUUAUUCUGUUUAGAACAUGGCAUUCAACCUGAUGGAACUGUUCCAACCGAUCGAGUAUUAGAAGGACUUAAUUCCAAUAUUGAUUGUCUCUAUUCAUAGUCAUAAUAUGGAAGAUAUGUUCCAAGAGCUAUUUUCUUUGAUGAAGAUCCUACCACAAUAAAUGUCAUUAAAAAUGGACCUAAUAGGGGAUUAUUUAAUCGUUCCUAUAUACAUUAAUGCAAAUUGGAAUCAGGAGGAUCUUGGGCAAGAAGUUCUGGAGCAUUAGUAAGGAAGGAAGGAGAAGAAAACUUAGCUGAUAAAAUAAGAAAGUAAGUUGAAAGUUGUGAUGGCCUUUAAGGAAUUAUGCUUUAUCAUUCUAUUGGAGGAGGAUUUGGUGGAGGUUUUACAUCCAAGAUAUUGGAAUUACUCUCAGGUGACCUAGAUAAGGUUACCAAAGCAACUGUUUCUAUAUUACCCUCAGAAAAAAAUUUAUAAUCUUCAGUAAUCGAACCAUAUAAUUCAUUGAUGACACUCAAAUAUCUAAAAGAAUACUCUAAUAUGUCUAUAAUGUUAUAAAAUUCAGCUUUAUAUAAAGUGGCUAAUGAAUAAAUGGAUAUUGAUAAUCCAAAUUAUUCAACAAUUAAUAGGAUGAUAGCAUAAUUAAUAUCAUCAGUUACUUAAUCCUCUAGAUUUAAUGGAUAAAAAUUUAUUGAUUUAAUUGAAAUGAGAAUGAAUGUUAUCCCAGAUCCUGAUUUCUAAUUUCUUCAUGCAUCAUAUGCUCCUUUUGUUAAUAUUGAUAAACAAAAUACAGAUUUAAUUAACUUGUAAUAGAUUACAACUUCAUUGUUUGAUGGAAGAAGUUCAUUCAUUUGUUGUAAUCACAAAUAAGUCAAAUAUAUGGCAGCUAAUCUUUUUUUUAGAGGAGAUUGCCCAUGGCCUGAAGUUAAAGGAGCUAUAGAAUCUUUAAAACAAUCCCCAAACAUAAAAUUUGCAGAAUUUGCAGUUCCUGCAUAUCCAUUCGCCGUUAGUGAUAAGGCACCUAUUCCAUUCCCUAAUUGCGAAUAAGGUAGAUCAAACAAAGCAGUUUGCAUGAUUGCCAAUUCAACUGCUGUUCAAAAUCCAAUAAUUUAAAUUUUUCACAUUUCCAAAUAACUUUAUGCUAAACGAAGUUUUGUACAUUGGUUUGUUGGAGAAGGUAGAGAGGAAGGAGAUAUCUCAGAAGCUAUUGAUACAGUUCGUUCUUGUUUGAACACAUAUACGGAAGCUAAAAAAGUAAAUCCUGAUAAGGAUUAUUGUACCAGAGUUUAACAUGGAACAAAUUAUAUAAGACAAUUUGUUUAUACUUGUGAUUGUUUGGAUGUUGAAGGCUAUAUUAAAAAUGGUAUCGAUAAAGGUGAGGAUAUGGAGGGUAAAUACCUUGGAGUUUGUUUGUAAUGUGCAAAAAAGUGUCACGUUGGACAUAAUCUCAAGGCUAAAGGAAUUGUAAAUGAAUUCUUUUGUGAUUGUGGGUUAGAAAAUUGUAAAGUCAAAUGUCUAUGCCAGAAGGAUGAAGAAUAAUAAUAGGAUUAGGUAGAGCCAUCACAAUGAA